GUAUCUCAAUUUCUUGGAAUUCAUUAAUCUGAGGAUCAAUUGUGAAUUUGCAAUCUAUGGCAGCGGCAGAGAACGAGCGUCCCCUACCUAGAUUUGGAGACUGGGACGUUAAUGAUCCAGCUACGUCUGAAGGGUUUACGGUCAUAUUUAGCAAGGCUAGCAAUGAAAAAAAGUCUGGGAAAUCCACCGGGCAUGCGGCGGGCAAGCGGAGAUUCAUGGAUGACGGCAAUCACAUGCUAAGACCGCUGGACAAUAAGAAGUUCUUGGCUGCGCUAACUGUCGGUGUUCUAGCAACAUUUGUGUUGGGAAUAUCAGCAGAGCAAUGUGGAAGGCAAGCAGGGGGUGCUGUGUGUCCCAACGGGCUCUGCUCAUAUAUAAUCACUCCGGCUCUUUUUGACCAGAUGCUAAAGGAUAGAAACGAUGGAAGGUGCCCCAGCAAUGGCUACUACAAGUACGAUGCUUUCAUUGCUGCUGCUCGAUCCUUUGAUGGAUUUGGCAUGCACGACAGGGGAUAUCAAUACCCGAGGAUGGCCCAUAUGCAUGGGGAUAUUGCUUUAUUAGAGAAAGGAACAGUCCAGGAGCCUAUUGCACAUCGAAUCAAUGGCCAAUAUGCUAUGUCCUCCUGGUAAACAAUACUAUAUAUGGCCGAGGACCUGUCCAACUCACUCGGUGAGUUUUCUACAUCAAAUUGUCAACCUUUGAAGUCUUUUUCUUUUCUUUUCUUUUUUUUCUUUAAUUAACCAAUAAAUUAACUUUUAUUAA